UGUUAAAUAGAUACUAAUUGAUAGUAGAGUUGAUCAAUGAAAGAUAAUUAAUCGAAGCCGCAAGACCAACAAGAUGAUUAACGACACGGCGCUCGCCAUCGAAUGGCUGAGUCAGCUCUACAACAGUCAGUACGGGGGGGCGAGCGGGGGCCUACACCCCCAGAGCCUGAUGUACCUCCCCCUCCUGGAGGGACUGAGGGGGGCUGGAGGAGGGGGAUCUGUGCCCCCUCCUCCCCCCUCCCUCCCUCCUCUGCAGCAGUGCAGUGCAAGUCCUCCUGCAGCGUCUGCAGCGUCUGCAGCUGCUGCAGCUGCUGCAGUGUCCUCCCACCUGCUGCUGCAGGACAGCAAUAAGGCCGUCACUUCUGUGCCUGCUUCGGUGUCGGUGCCAGCAUGGAUGUCAGCGUCAGCUCAGCUCGCUCAGCUGACACAAACAUCAGGGUCAUCCUCAUCCCUCAUCACAACCCCCUCACAACCCUCACAAGCCCCUCACAACCCCGAAAACCCUGACGAAAAACCCCUGAACCUAAGCAAGCCUAAAGACAGCCCCGGACCAGCCGACAAAGGGGUUUUGUCACCGAAAAUAGCGGGUUUACCCCCAGGGUUCAUGCCCCACGGUUUCCUCCCCUACAUGGGGCAUGCUUUCCCCUCACAUUACCACCACAAGGACCUCCUGGGGAAUGCUGGGAAUGGAUUACCCUCUCCUCCCCUCUCCGGCAAGCAAUACCCCUCGGGUGGAACCUUCCCUCCAAUGUACCUCCCUCCCUCCAGCCUCUCCACUUCCCUCCCCCCGGCCCUCACCCCCAUGGCUGCCCUCGGAUUCCACCACACAACUCCCCUCACUUCCCUCGCCUCUCUAGGAGGGGCGGUGACCUCGGUCAGUUCCAGCAGCAGCCCUCACAAUCUUCACAAUUCCUCAGACAAGACCAAAGAUGAAGACUAUGUCACCACGUCGCAAACCAAAAUGUUCGGCGCGAAGAUCAUCCGACAGUCCCGCAAGGAGGGCCAGGAUGGCAAGCCUCACGUCAAGCGUCCCAUGAACGCCUUCAUGGUCUGGGCCAGGGACGAGCGGCGCAAGAUACUCAAGGCCUGUCCCGACAUGCACAACUCCGCUAUCUCUAAGAUACUGGGUUCCAAGUGGAAGUCGAUGAGUAACGCCGAGAAGCAGCCGUACUAUGAGGAACAGUCGCGGCUCAGCAAGCAACACAUGGAGAAGCAUCCCGACUACCGGUACCGUCCUCGACCUAAAAGAACCUGCAUCGUCGAUGGCAAGAAGAUGAGAAUAUCUGAGUACAAAUCCAUGAUGCGACAAAAACGUGACGAAAUGAGGCAGAUAUAUUUCCGUGAUAACGGCCUUUCGGAUCUUGCGAAACUCCUGCCCCCGGGCGGUGCUGAAUCUCUUAAAAACGAUCUACUGAAACCACGACACCUGAAAGACGGUAAGACCUCGCACAACGACUUCCUCAGAACCGGGGUCUUAAGCCCCGAAAACUGUGGCAACAUCGGGGGGUCUUCUUCGACUAGCCCAACUUCUACGACCUCCCACUUUCUGGGGAACGCUGGGCUAUUGGGGAAUCAUGAUUUACCCUCACUCAUUAACCCCAUUUCUGAGUAUAGCUUCGAGGGUUCAGCCUCCCCUUCCCCUCGGACUCUGAAUUCGUCGACUUCUGAUGUCGAGGAUCAACACAUGGACGAUGAUGACGUUGGUUCUACGUCGUUAAAUGACGUAACGUCGUUCGACGCUACGGCGACAGACGCACAGCAGGUUCCGGUCUCAAUCGAGGAUACGCUCGUCUAGAAUUUGUACAGCUAUUUUCUAGGUUAAUUCUAGAUUUAAGAGUCAAUAUUUGUGAUAGUUUUACUAGCGCCGUGGUUAGAGAAGCCAUCCUUGGCGCUAAGCUCCACUGGAAAUUUGUAGAGUUUUAAAAUUGUGUCACAUGGUGAGGCUGAGGUCGUGACCCAUGUGACGGAACUGACUCAUGUGACAGUGACAGUGCUGACUCAUGUAACAGUGACAGUGCUGACGCAUGUGACAGUGACAGUGCUGACUCAUGUUACAGUGACAGUGCUGACGCAUGUGACAGUGACAGUGCUGACUCAUGUUACAGUGACAGUGCUGACGCAUGUGACAGUGACAGAGCUGACUCAUUCCUUGUCACGUCACAAGUUAUGGCGGUUAAUCCUUCGUAUUUGAGGGGAAACUUUUUUACUUUGUAUCCCAUUCUGCAUGGGCUACAAGGGGACCGUCUUUCCAUGAGUUUGUGUGCAUAGCUGGACAAAUAAAUAAAAUAUGAUCAAUUUAUUGAACUUUAAAAUUUCAAUUAGCAUUCAAUGCAAAUGUAACGAACUUUGGGAUUAUUAUUAGCAUUAAUUUAUUACUAAAUUUCAGACAUUAUUCAAAGCAACUGUGACAUAUUUUGGGUGUAGCAGCCGCAAUUUUUUUUACUGUUUUUCACUUAAGCAAUACAUUCAUCCUCUCAUUCACGAAUUAUUUGAGUUCAACUCUUUCAUUCAUCUACACAGUCUACACUCGUAUGACCGUGAUGAAAUAAGUCAAAUUUCAGUUAAAAUCGUAUAGUAAUCUAACAAUCUACCAAUCAAGCAAUUUAUCAACUUAUCAAGCUAUCAAUCCUAUCAUCCAUCAAUUAAUUUAUCUACCAGUCUACAAAAAUUACAAUCUAGCAAUCUACGAGUAGAAAUCUCUCAUCAAUCAGUCAUUCCUAUCUACCAUCUAUCAAUUUGCCAAUCUGGCAUUCUACCAGUUCAUCAAUAAAUAAAUAAACCAUUCUCCUAUGUACCACCUUACCUUUCUACCAUUCUACCAAUCUACCUAUCUACCAAUCUACCAAUCUACCAAUCUACCAUUCUAUAAAUCUACAUAUAUAUAAAUUCACCAAUUUGCCACUCUGCCAAUUUACCAUUCAACCAACCUACUAUUCUACCAAACCACGAAUCUACCAAGCUGUUAAUCUACCAAUCAAAACAUAUAGCAAUAUACCAGUUCAUCAAUAUAGCAAUCUUGCAAUCUGUUAUUAUAACUCACAUUUUCGAACAACCAACCUCAUUACCGCGAUGUUCAAACUACUUACGACCACCUUAAGUAGUUCCGAGUACUUUACUCCUCUGCUUGCCGCUGUACCACCAAAGCCACACCUGGUUCUGCUUAACGAACUGGUUAACAUCUCAUUAGCUUUAAGUUGUUUAGGAAUUAAUUAGAGGACAAUGCAGUGCACUUAGUGCAUCUGCUGCGCGUUUUUUUAUAGUGAAACAAUUUGUACAUUAUUUGCUGUGACGGGGGGAGGAGGGGGAGGCUAGUGGUUAAAGUUUGUUCAAUGCGCAGACAGUUAAACUGGUAUAUACUGGUUUUACUAGUUAAUGGCUAGUUUAUACUGGCAGUUACUGGAAUACACUGAUAUGUACUGGUACACGCUGAUAUAUAAUGAUAUCUACUGGUAUGUGCUGGAAUAUACUGGUCUAUACUAGCGUAUACUGGAAUAAUACUGGAAUAUACUGGAACAUUACUGGAAUAUACUGGUGCAUGCUGGAAUAUACUAGUAUAUACUGCAAUAUACUGGAAUUUUCUGGUUAAAUGAGGCGGUCUAUAGUACGAUGGAAGUGCGACGAUUUAUCCGGCCACAAAUUUUCUAACGCUACUUGUUCUUUUCAAUGUCCUGAUUCAUAGAGUUCACCGCGUUCUAUUAUACGCAGUAAAUGUUGAUAAAUUUGAACCCAAUGUUGAUGUCAAAUGUUCCGUUACGUAAUAAAAUUAUAUAUAAAACCCAAUGUUAUUCAGAAAAAUAAGGUUUAGUUCCAGUAAUGUAAACGCAAAUAUUUCUAUUAAACCUAAUCGUGUUGUUUGUGGUACGAAAAUUAACCGUUACCAGUUGAAUCCUUUACCUAAAUAACAGUUUUCAAGUUAGACGAAAUUUUCCGUCAUACAUGAAACUUUCAUUCAUGAAAUAUUCAUGGAUUAUCUCACGAAAAAUUUAGUCCCGGUAAUUAAUUAUGGUCGUAAUAACGGCGGCCAUUCUUUUGACGCGUGUAAAUAUUGUAAUUGUAAUGCAAGCUCCUCAAUUAUUGUACUGUUACGACAGGUGUUAUUGUUUGUUAUUGUGACCUGGGGCUGCAUUCUCUCAAAUACUUACGAUAGUCGUAAGUGGAAAUAUCACUUACGAUGGUCGUAAGUGGAAAUAUCACUCACGAUAGUCGUAAGUAGAAAUAUCACUUACGAUAGUCGUAAGUGGAAAUAUCACUUACGAUAGUCUUAAGUGGAAAUAUCACUUACGAUAGUCGUAAGUGGAAAUAUCACUUACGAUAGUCGUAAGUGGAAAUUUCACUUACGAUGGUGAUAUGUAUAAGUCUUACCUACGAUGGUCGUAAGCAGAAGUCUCAUUUACGAUGUUCGUAAGUAGAGACUCUUUAUGAAUAUUGUCUGUGCUAUCGUCAAUUCUAUCAUCCUGAUUGGUGAUUGACUUACGACAUAGCAAGUCCUUCUGUGCAUCUGGCAUUGCCAGGCUAGUUUUUCUAGUACGAAUUUUUUUCUAGUUAUUUUCCUAGUUAUAAUGAGCGCAACAUGAAGAUAUUGUACAGUCUAAUACCAUGUCUAGACAGUACAGAUAAAGAUAGUACAGUCUAGACUUAACCAAUGUACAUAAGGCAACAAUGAUCCGUAACUCCCUAAAACAAAUAAUCAGUAAAUUCAUAUUUAUUUUUCAAUUUAUAGCGUACGGUAGAUUUUUUUUAAAUAGAUAACCGUGGCUACAUCUUUGACUUAAUGAAAAACAGUAAUUAUGGAUUAAAUAAUUUUUUUAGUAUUUUAACUUGUACGAUUUUUAUGCCUCCCGCCAUGCUCAUGACGCGAUGUUAAUUUUUAAAAUUCAUUCGUUAUUUAAUGAAUAAAGCUGGAUUACUGUAUAAGUUGAACGAGUUAAAGGAAGCAAGGUAAAUGAAUGUGAAUGUAGUUUUUAUUUACAGAGCAGACAUUGCGUGCUACGUUUAAAAUAAGUUUUUGCAGUAAUGCGUAAGAAAUAACGUUGAGAUUAAGAUGCGUCUAAGGUAACCAAAUUAAAAUUCUCAUCUACAGUGAGUAAUACUCGUCUACAGUGAAUAAUUAAUAUUUUUUAUGAAUCUAUGUUGCCAAAUGAUAUUAAGAUAGAAUAUAGUUUGUGAGCAACUGAGGCCGCGACUUUGUUAAAGAAAAAACAUUGGUCCUUAAAUAAGCAAGUUAUGGUCGGAACACGUAAUGUUCUGAAUAUGCGAUGUUUUACAUUUAACAGCUCCUGAGCGACUUAACACUUUUGUUCUCAUGUUUUGUUACUGCAGAGCUUGUCGAACUUACAAUCUUUCAUUCAAUACCAGACAUAACCAACUCUAAUUAAAUUAUCUCAUUAUUACCAAUUAUUUGCAGCUUUUGCAGGCUCUUUUUACCAGCUAUUAUUAGUAGCUUUUACUUUGGCAAACGCAAGCUUCAUAAUAAAUCCCAAAAUACUUCAUUCGGAUCCGCCUUCAAAUCCUCGUGCAAAAUCUUCCAUUGAAAUCCGUCGGUUAAAUCCUGUAACUGCUCGGCUCUUGAGAGUCCAGUUCAGUGAGCAGGCAUAAAGAGCGAGAUAAAGAGCGAGAUCACAUCAAGAGAUUAGCAAUGCUGAGCUCUUUAUUGAGACCUCAUCUCGGCCCUCUUGCCCUUAGAGAACUCUUGGAAUUUUGAGCUCUCUAAUGGGACCUUAUCUUGCGCUCUUGCCCUUAGAGAACUCUUGGAAUUUU